UGCAGAUUCACAUGGGUAUACAAGGCUCAGGACCCUGAGCACGCCAAUCGAUCCUCGUCACCUACCACCAUGACACUCUCGCGAUCUCUGGCGCAGGGUAUCACUAUAGGUGUGCCGUGCAAGAAGGGCACCGGCGGCAACGACAAUCGAGGACCGUCUAUCGCCGCGGAAGCCAUCGAUGAAGGGCCUCCAAACGGGCCUCCAAAUGGGCCUCCCAAGGGGCUGAGCCCUUUCCCGCCCUUCUCUGUACCCACCACACCCACUCCCCACCACAAACCCCAAUACACAUCCACCUACACGCACACCAACAUGGAGUCCCACACCGUCCAUGACCGGCACGUACAGCCAAGACCCGCCACACCCCCCGGGCCAGAACAACCGUCGUCUCUCGGCAACGCACACGCACCGCCUGUGCGCCGGACAGCGUCGUAUGCAGAGAGCUCGAGCGGCACUAGUAGUGAGAUGGGGCUGUUGGUGUCCAAGACAGCUGAUGCGGGCCAUUCUCCGUACACGGGCGGAUGGGAUUGUAGAUAUGGCAGACGGGAUGGGCACGUAGGAGACGGGGAUUGGACGAGAAAUGCCUUGUUUCAUAGAGAUUACAGGGGAGAUCCGGUGGGGCGUGCAUUGUUUGAUAGAGAGGGCUAUGGCGAUGCGCAAUAUAAGAAAGACCCGGGCAAGGACGAGAACUCGCUCCGGGCUGCGUCGAUCUAUAUGCAGAUCAACUCCUUAAGUGGCAAUUUCAGCCAAACGUCCAGUGCCGAAAGCAGUCAGUGCAACAGCAGGUCUAACAGCAAGACCUUCAUACGCACGAGUCUGCACGCGCGUGCACACUCCAAUGUCGACAUGAGCGAGCACACGGAUACCAAUCUCUCCAUGCAGGACAACCCACGCCCCUUAUCCCCGAUAGAUACACUUGUGUAUGCACGGGUGGUGUCCGUGGGAGGCACACCCAACCCGGAACGGAUAGACACGGACGUUCGAUCACUCAAACCACACACGCGUACGCAUCCACGUGUGGGCCGUUGCGGCAGUAUGCCAUCGGCGAUGGACAGGCGUAGGGAAGGUACCAACGGCAGCUCAUCAGGAACAAAUCUACCGGUACAAUGGAAGGGUGUGGAUGCCUCAGGUAAAGGGAAAGGAACAAAGCUGCAAGUGGACGAGUUUUACACCGAAAUUAAGAACGUGCAUAGAGACGAGACUAAAGAUUAUCCACCUUCAUGACAGUAUUCCGACAGAAUUUAAAUAUAGUAAGUAGUAUAAAAAUAAUACAUUCG